AUGGUGAUGGCAAAGUCCAUGCUGCUCGUUGCCGCGACCCUGGAGUUGGCUGUUGCCGACUUCCCGCCUUCCUGGGGCGUUCAAGACGUGUGGGUGCACACAAGCACAUGGUACGCAGGCCGCUGCACGUGCUUGUGCCAGCCCUUGUGCUCGCAUCCGUCGGACAUCAUGCGCACCAACUUGGUGUCAGGGGGGCUUAUUCCUCGCUUCAACAAUUACUCGGGCACGUUUGCCUACCCCUGCGGCGGUCUCAAGGAUGCAUCGUACCUGCUCACGGUGGUUCAGUUGGCGCAACGGCUCAAGGCCCCCAAAGUCAUCACCGACAACAUUGGUAAAGAAGUCAAAGUGUCCGAUCUCCGCGCAGCGUUCAAACAAGACUGGGGUGCCGACGUCGUGUUGCAGUGUCUGGAUGGCGCGUUCACUGACGUGCUGACGUGUUGGAGCAAAGGCCACGCCAUGAAAGGCAGUGGGGAAGUUUUCCCGUCCAAGAUCCAAGGCUGCUCCCCCCAGAUCGCUGCCACGGACGAAUGCACCAACGUCACGACCAAGAUCUUGGCCUUUUCAAUACCCACCAAAGCCCCUGUAACGGACGCUCCAUCGGACGCCCCAGUUACCACCGCCGUGGUUCCUGUCACAACCACCGUGACCCCUAACUCUACCACCGUGACCCCUAAAUCUACCACCGUCACCCCUAACUCUACCACCGCGCCGACCCCCACGUCCACCGAAGUCCCUUCAGAAGUGGACAUUUGGACAAAGUCUUAUGCACGCAACGCUCGGUGUGCAAUUUUCGGGGAAGAAGGAUGCACGUACUGCGCCGCUGCCAAAGCCCUGUUCAAGGAAAAGAAAGCCAAGUACGACUACUUUGGGGUGUGGAUGGACAACCCCAACCACACCCCCAGCGGCAUGGACGUGUACUACUCGCUACUACGCCUCACCAAGAAAGACACGCUGCCCAACAUUUGGAUCGGGGGGAAAUUCAUCGGGGGCUUCGACGACUUGAAAGCAUUGGAUAAGUCGGGGGCGUUGGAUCAACUGCUCAAGGACGCCAAGUGUCUGUAA